GGUUGGAGCUGCAUUUAACGAAUUUAUCUGUCUGUCUCGAAUUAUGGAUAUGCUCUGCUCUUUCAGAAGUAUUUUCUCUCAGAUUUAAACAUUAUCUGUAUUAACACCAAGUAAAACAACAUAAGAGGACUCGAAAGUCGAAAAUAAAUUGAUGAAUUGUACUACUUUGACCAAAUAGCAGUAUGAGUACUCCGUCAGGUCGGAAGAGCCCCGUGGACUACGGGGUUCAGAUCCGCUUCAUCAACGACUCAGCAGGGGGGCUCCCCUCGACCCAGCUGAGAUCCAAGCCCCCCUCCAACUCUAAGUACGGGGUGGCUGUCAGGGUCCAGGGCAUCGCUGGACAACCCUAUGUGGUUAUGAAGGACCGGGGCCCAAAGGGAGAUUCGUAUGGGGUGCAGCUCCGUACCCACUACCCCCCGGGUUACGGCAGUCUGCCCCGCAGGAGAGACCGAGAGGAGGGAGGGGGAGAUGGCGAGGGGGGAGGAGGGCCAGGUGGGGCGUUACGCAGGGCACAGUCCCAUGGUUCAUUACUGGAGAGUGAGGGGGUAGGAGGAUUUGGGAGACCACCAGGGGAUGGGAGGUCUGGUAGCUAUGGGAACCUGGAUGGAGGGAUUGGGGUCGCGGAAGAGAGAAUGGAAAUAGUGGUGAGGGAGGGGGGUAAGGGGAGGAAUAUAAUGUGUGGGUCAUAUCAGUCUGGGCUCAAUGGGUCACUGGGGAGGGGAGGGGGGAGUCAGUAUGCCCCUGACCUCCAUCCUUCCCAAACAGAGCAGCUGACCAUGGCACACCCCUACCCCCAGAGCCUUCCUUACCCAACACACCCCCACCCUCAGAGCCUUCCUUACCCAGCACAGCCCCACCCCCAGACCCCCGUCAACAGACUGAUCAGCAGGUUUGACGGCAGCAGCAGUACCAGAGAACAACAGAGGGGGCGCUCUCCUGUAGCAGAGGACCCUAGAAACACCAUCUCCUCUUCCCUCGCCCCCAACCCCUACUCCUCCCCUUCACCCUCUCUCACCCCCAACCCCUACUCCUCCCCUCCCUCCUCCACUCACAGCAGCCUGGGGCAGGGCCAAGGCUCCGUCAGUAAGGCAACACCCCACCCAGCCAGUCAGUGGGCUCCGCCGGGGAGGUUUGUCGCUGUGGAGACGCCGUCAGCCAAUCAAACAGACCCGCUGGUGACCCCUGAUCUGCUUCAGAGUUCAGAGGUCACCAGUGAGGAGGAGCAGGUCAUGCAGACCAUCUACAGUGUCCUCAGAGAAGGGACUAGUGAGAGGGACUCAGUCAUCAGACACAAAGUCAGGGUGAUCUUCCAGAAGAUCCAGGGACUCAAGCCCAGUGAGAGUUCUGGAGAGGAGUGGAGGAGAGAAAAGAGGGAUCUGGAGAGGAAGAUGAUGGAGCUACAGACCUCUCUACAGGAGGAGAGGAGGGGCUCUGUGGGCAGCUCUGACCCUGUGUUAAAGGCAGAGCUGGAUUCAUGUCUGGAUGAGAACAUGCAGCUCCAGGAGACUGUGGACAGGAAGAAGACUGAACUACACCAGACACACUCUGAGCUGAGUCAGUUGCGUAUGGAGAGAGAGAGUGCUGAGUCCAGAGUCAGAGAGAUGGAGGACCGACUGGGCGAGCUACAGGAGGAGCUGAGGACCGAGAACGGCAACAAGACGGACCUGGUGACUUGUCAAGCGUCUCUGUUGGAGGUGUCCAUGUUGAAGCAGAAGCUGGAGGAUUCUCUGAGACAGAGAGAGAGGGAGCUGACGGCCCUGAAGGGAGCUCUGAAGGACGAGGUGGCCACGCACGACAAAGACAUGGAGACACUUCGAGAACAGUACAGCACUGACAUGGAGAGACUGAGGAGUACCGUGGAGCAGGUCUCACAGUCUCAGGCGGGUAUCGAGUCAGAGCGGUUGCGUGUGAAUGCGUCGGUGCGUACUCUACAGCAGCAGCUGGAAGACUGCAGGGACGAGAGUGGCCACUGGAUGACGCAGUUCCACAAUACUAGAGAUGAACUACGGACCACCAAACAGGAGAUGCUGCAGGCUCGUCUGGAGAAAGAGGAGCUUGAGGAAGAACUGAAUGAAGUACAGGAGAGGGUCAACACCAUGAAACAGCAGAUACCAGACCCCAGUCAUACACACACACUCAACCAGGAGCUGCAGAGUUUGCGUGCCGAUCUGCAGCAGGCCCAAUCAGAGGCAGAGAAGAAAAGGGCGGAGCUCGAUAAAAAGGUAAUGGAGGUAAUCUCCCUGAAGAAGGCCAACCAGGAGCAGGAGGCGGAGCUCAAGUAUGAGAUGGACAGGCUGAGGGGCCAAUCAAAUCGAGCCAAAGAGGAUCUGGCCAAGGCCCAGGAGAGAACCAAACAGCUCCCUGACCCGUCGGUCGUGUCUGGCCUGCAGUCAGAGUUGACUGAUGCUCGUGGGGAGAGAGACCGACUUGGAGAGAAACUCUCCAGCACUGAGCAGGAGCUGCAGUCAAACACAGAGCGGCUGGCCAGAACCCAGACAGAACUAAACGCUCUCAGAGACUCACAGCAGGAGCAGGAGGCAGCUAACACACGCCUCCGAGAGAAACUCUCACGCCUGGAGUCUCAGCUGGCUUCCAGUGCAUCAGAGAGUUCGGAGGCAGAGCUGUCCCUCCAGGCGGAGUUGAGGGAGCUGAGGCAGGAGCUUGACGAGGCCAGGAGAGGAGCCUCUCGGCUGGGCCAGGACCACCGGCAGCUCAGUCUGCGUCUGGAGGACAGUGAGAAGGAGAGGGACCAGCUCACACAGACCAACACACAGCUGGAGGAACAGAGGAGACAGCAGGAGCGGUCCCUGGACAAACUCAAUAAGGAGUUUGAGUCUCUGUCCCAGUCGUCUGGUGAGGAGGUGCGUGUUCUCAGGGCCCAGCUGGAGGAACAGAGAGAGAGAUCUCGCAGUGAGACACAGGAGGCCCAGAGGCAGGGCAAUGACACACUGGUAGAACUGGAGAGGAGCCAGACCUCCCUCAAGAGACUGGAAGAGGAGGCGUCACGUCAGAAGAAGGAUCUGCUCUUUGUGGUUGAGGAGAGAGACAAUGUUCAGCUGGACAAGGAGCUGCUCACCAACCGCCUGCACCACCUAGAGGCUGAACUGGAGAACAGCAGGAGCAGCCUCACAGACAAGAGCAGGGAGCUCCGCAGCACGGAGGACAAGAUGAAACGACUGGAGCUGGAGCUGGAGGAGGAGAAGGGAUCUGUGGAGCUACUCACUGACAGAGUCACCAGGACCAGAGACCAGAUGGAGCAGCUGCGUUCAGAGCUGAUGCAGGAGAGAUCCUCCAGACAGGACCUGGAGCUGGACAAGAAUGCCCUAGAAAGACAUUUGAAGGAGUUGAAGACCAGAGUAUCUGAUAUGGAGGGUCAGUCUCGCUCCUCUGUAGGAGUGGCUCAGCUGGAGAGUAAAGUUCACGAGUUGGAGGAACGCCUCCACAGCGAGGAUAGGGAGAAGAACUCCAUGUUGUCGUCUCAGCGUCGCCUGGAGAAGAAACUGAAGGAGCUCAACUUUACCCUGGAGGAAGAGAGACACCAACACACAGAACAGAGAGACCAGCUGUCUCUGCGUGUGAAGGCUCUGAAGAGACAGGUGGAUGAGGGGGAGACCGAGGUAGAGAGGAUGGAGGGAUUGAGGAGGAAGUCCCAGAGAGAGAUGGAGGAACAGAUGGAACUAAAGGAGGCCUUACAGGGCAGAGUCACCGCGCUGGAGACUGAGCUCAAGAGGAAGGUGCAGCAGGCGCAGCGUCAGGCCCUGGACUCGUCGGCUCUGAGCUCUGACGAAGAUGAUGAAGGCCUGUACAACCCCUCCAGCAUCACGUCCAUCCUCACUGGGAGCAACCUUCACACCAGCUCCUGCUAGAGGGCGGGGUAGUGGCAACCUUCACACCAGCUCCUGCUAGAGGGAGGGAGGGAAGGAGGGGUAGUGACAACCUUCACACCAGCUCCUGCUAGAGGGGGGAGGGAGGGGUAGUGGCAACCUUCACACCAGCUCCUGCUAGAGGGAGGGGUAGUGA